AUGUCUCUUGACUAUCUCUAUGAACAUCUGUUGGAAUGGGAUCUAAGCAAACUCAAGCACGAGCAUCCCAGGUCAGCUCGGAGUGAAGAUGCUCUCGACAAGUACAAGUCUUCUUUCGAGUAUGUGAGAAUCAUGGAGCCUCUGAAUCUUCUGGAAUGCUACGCUUCUAUUCGUCAAGUAUUUGCAGAGUUCAGAGACCAGGAGAAGGCCAGACGUUUCGGAGGCUUUCGUUUCAAGGUGCAGGCUACCAAAGAAGGAGACGACAACGAACUCUUCACCGAAAUCUGCAUGGGAGCCACCCAGCAGGAACUAGAAGAACAUGAGCUGUUCAGUUCGACACUCGUCGUCAUUACGGUUCCGGGAAGUGGAAAAGCCAAGUGUCUUGGUAAAAUCAGUGAGAUUGUCUGGAACAAGAAGACUCGAGAAAUGGAUGUGUGGAUCCGAACGCGACGUGCGGACUUGAGAGAAGGGUCGCUAUGGGAGUGUUGUUAUCUCACCAACAUGGCCACCGCUGAACGAGAACUACUGGCUCUUUUGAGCAUUGGAGAUUUUGCUUUGAAGAACGACAUCUUGUUUGGCCAAUGUUAUUCAUUUCCAAAGGGCCCCGAUUCGGAAAUCCAACGAUUACAAGACAAGUACAUCGGCAAGCUCAACAGGUCUCAGGCUCAGGCCGUCUAUGGCUCACUCAAUACUCGAGGUGGGUUCUCCUUGAUCCAGGGUCCCCCAGGAACAGGUAAGACAAGCACCAUUGUCUCUAUUAUUCGCGAACUGCUGGAAUCUGGCUCCAGACCACUCAUGUUCUGUGCGCCUUCCAAUGCAGCAGUUGACGAGUUGACCAAGCGACUCAAGAAGCACUUCCUGGACGAGAAACUGGACUACAAAAUUCUUCGUAUCGGACGUCCGGAGAAUGUUCAUACCGAAGUUGCCCAUCUGACACUGGGAGGCAUAGCCUUCUUCUACGACAACGUUCUCAAGGACGCUCCCGGAAUGGAGCUCAAGACUGCCAGAAAGUGGCACUCCACAGAACAUCUGCCUCCUUACAUGUUUUUCAACGUUGAAGGAAAGCACAAGUUUGGAGACAAUCAUUCUUUCUGCAACACCGCUGAGAUUCAGUUUGCCAACAAACUAGUUUCCGCUGUUUUGAAGUGCGUUGGAGCAGGCGAAAAGCUGGAUAUUGGCAUUGUGUCUCCGUACAAACAGCAGGUUGAGAAGCUCAGGCACCAUUUUGAACAGAGAUAUGAUACAGAAAAGGAGACAAUGACGCUGGAAAUCCAAACUGUGGACAGUUUACAGGGUCGUGAGAAGGACAUUAUCAUCAUGUCGUGUGUUAGAGCCCAUCCCACGGCCCACACGGUCGGUUUUCUCGCCGAUGUCAGACGGAUGAAUGUGGCCAUCACCCGAGCCAAAGCGUCCUUGUGGAUCAUUGGAAAUGCCGACACUCUCGUAAGCAACGAGAAAUGGGAGAGUCUUCUCAGAAACGCAAACGAACGCAACGUGUAUUGUGAGGCGUCCGACUUCCACACGCGAGAGGGCGUCUAUAUGGACAAUCUGGGCAUCUCUUUGGAGGCUCUGAGUCUGGAGUAG